AUGAACUUUACCCGCGUCUUGUGGUUGGUAUUAAAAGGGGUUCUCUAUCUGGUAACAUUUUAUCACUCGUUGCCUUUCGUUGGAAGUGUCACCCUGUCUAUGUUGAACAGCUAUGUGUCCUCAUCGGUCUCCUUCAAUUUGGAUACAAUUUAUCUCAACUGGAAUUCUACCUUUCCGGCCAUUACGGUGUGCGAGAUAUACAACGCCGAACGAAUUUGGGAUCUGAGUGACUCACAUUUUGGCCCGGAACAUGAUAUGCACGUGGAUGAUUUUAUAAGUGAAAUUGCCUUCUACCGGGGGGUAUGCAGUAGCUGUGAAGAUUGUGCCAAGCUUCGGUGUCCAGCCAACUUUACUUUUCUAGUUGAAAUGUUUCGAACCAAGUGCCCGCAGUUGCUGGUCAACUGCAGUUACCUUAACGAGCUUUUUGACUGCUGUGACCAGUUCCUUCCCGUACCCACCGAAUACGGAUUAUGUUACUCCUUUAACUCCCACCAGGCUCGCAAAGUGUCACAUGUUCAGUACACAAAUAAUCGGAUAACCGGCCCGGGUCAUCUCAAUUUUCAUGCCGCUGCGGACAUCCAGUUGUACGUUCACGCUCCCAUCGAUGUGCCAUACCAGCUGUCCGAAGGUAUGAUCCGUGAAACAGUCCUUCUGGGCCAUGACAAGGAGCUAAUUCUGAACGUCAUCGAAGUGCAUAACGACGAGAGUGUCCAGGAUCUGAGCAUGGAACAGCGGCGCUGCAGAUUUGCUCAUGAACACGUUCCCGAAAGACAGGGCAUAUACGAGUUUUACAGCUACUCCAGUUGUGUUGUGGAGUGCACUGUGCUCCUCCAGAUUGCGAAUUGCAACUGCACUAGCCACUUCAUGACAGUUCCAGGCCGGAAUUCACUACCCGUCUGCGACUACCGAGGUCUCAUCUGCUUAACCAGAAUCCGGGACAAGAUCAUGACAGAGCGCAAGUCCUGUGAGUGCAUGAGCUCCUGCGAGGAGCCGGAGUACAACAUUAUUUAUAACUCUGCCGAUGAAGACGACGAGGCGUCAAACGACCUGUCAAAGAUCCGAGUGUCUCUGGUGGAGCUACCCACCCAGCGUUAUGUUCGUCGAGUGACUAAAACUAUUUUGGACUUUCUAAUUUCCCUUGGUGGCCUCGUGGGUCUCUUUUUCAACACAUCCGCCCUGCGAAUUGUGGAGGCCGUGGUAUUGACCAUUAGAUACAGGAAAACUAUAGUUAAUGGGGUUAAACGGUUUUUGCUUGGCACGAUUAAAUAUAUACAGAUUUUGGACCAGUCAAAGUAA